UGCCGUCUCGUUUCUUCAUUUUCUUAGCCGGAGGAGUAUUUAUACGUAAUUGGAGGUUCUGGAGUUUGGAUGCUGCCCCAUACUUCUCAGCAUAAAGUAUUUGUUCUCAGGAAAGUCCCGGUGCCUUUCUGCUAAAGGCAGCUGCCCCUCCUCUCUCCAGGCAGGUCUAUGCUACAGAGGGAAGCUUUCUGCAGUCUCCGGUGGAACCCCAGGCUUUCUCAUGAAUGAAUGUGCAGUGGAGGUUUCGCAGAAGUGCCAGCGAAACAGCAUGACCAAGGAACUUAUAUAAGGAGCAAGAGGCCAUCAUGGCAGGAAAGAAUGGAAGCAGAGGUGGCUGGAGUAGGAGCAGAAGAUGAGAAGACCUGACCUUUGACAAUCAGUGUGAGAAGCCAACUCAAAUCUUCAGCAUCAUUAGCUUCUAGGACACUGUCCUGAAAUGAGGGUCCUGACAAAGUAUUUUGGUCUGACCUCUUGGCCUGAAUGUUACCUGACUCAUUGAAAUGCGGUGCUUCUUGAUCUGAUUUAAUCAAGCUGACAAUCAAAAUUAACCACCACAACGUCCCCAAGGUAUCUCAGAAAUCUUAAUUGCUACUGGGGACUUAUGUGAAAGGCCCUUGAAGAUAUGACACGGUCCCUAGUGUUGGCUGCCUUCCAGGAUAUAGAAAACCAGUAGUACGCUGGUGGUUACAGAAGAAAUCUUCCCACCCAGUUCACUGAAAUUCCUAGAAUGGAAUGGAACCAGGUCUUUAUGCUAAAGGAUUCUGGUCUUGAAAAUGAUGACCAAUCAUAAGUCACUGUGGGUGCUGCUGUUUCUAGUUGCCUUCUGGAUCUCUUUUACAGUUUUCUCAAACCCCACAAAGUUAUGGGCAACAUUCAAGUUACCUGUCUCCCUCAGUCACUGGAACUUAGUCAUGAAGUCCUCAUGCCCUGAAGUGCCUCUGAAUUCAUCAGUUUCACCAAGAGAGACAGAGCUGAGAGUCAGGGAGAUCCUGGAGAAGCUGGACCGGCAGAUCCCACCCAGACCCUUCACCCACCUCAACAGCACCACCAGUGCCAAGCACAGCACAGCCACCAUCCUCAACCCUCGAUACACAUACUGCAUAGGGGACCAGCUGGACGUCUUCCUGGAGGCCAGGGACUACCUGGGACGCAGGAAGGAGUACGGUGGGGAUUUCCUGAGGGCCAGGAUGUUCACCCCAGCCCUGAAGGCAGGUGCUACUGGAAAGGUGACAGACUUCAACAACGGCACCUACCUGGUCAGCUUCACUCUGUUCUGGGAGGGUCCAGUCUCCCUGUCCAUCCUGCUCAUCCACCCCAGUGAAGGGGUGUCAGCUCUCUGGAGGGCGAGGAACCAAGGCUACGACAGAAUCAUCUUCACUGGCCAGUUUGUCAGUGGCACCUCCCAGGUCCACACUGAUUGUGCCUUUGUUUUAAACACAAGUGCUGAGCUGUGCCAGUAUCUGGAUGCUCAGGACCAGGAAGCUUUCUAUUGUGUGAAGCCUCCAAAUAUUCCCUGUGCUGCACUCACCCACAUGCAUUCCAAGAACAAGAAAGUUUCCUAUCUCAACAAGAAAGAAAGGAGCCUCUUCGAAAAGUCAAAUAUAGGCGUGGAGAUGAUGACAAAAUCCCCUGUGAUUAAUGUCUACAAAUGCAACAAUUCUUUAGCAGAAGCAGCAGUUCCAGCGAAAGAGAAAUGCAAGCUUAGCAAGGUGUCCACGGUCCCCAGCGGGCAUGUCUGGAAAAACACAUGGAAUCCUGCCUCCUGCAGUUUGGCUCCUAUCAAAAUGAAAGAGUGCCUGAGAGGAAAGUUCAUUCAUCUAAUGGGAGAUUCCACAAUCCGCCAGUGGAUAGAAUACUUCAAAAGCAACAUCAACACACUGAAGUCUGUGGAUCUGCAUGAAACUGGAAAACUGCAACACCAACUUGCUGUGGACUUGGAUGGGAAUAUCAAUAUUGAGUGGCAGAAACAUGGUUACCCCCUCAUUGGCUCAUUGGUCUAUUCCGUCAAAGAGAUGGAGAACAUCGCCAGGAAAAUUGACAGAACUGGGGGAGAGAAAAAUACCAUCAUCGUCAUUUCCGUGGGCCAGCAUUUCAGACCCUAUCCUAUUGAUGUUUUUAUCCGAAGGGCCCUCAACAUCCACAACGCUCUUCAGCGUCUCCUUCUGAGAAGCCCUGACACGGUGGUCAUCAUCAAGACAGAAAACAUCAGGGAGAUUAGCAGUGAUGUGGAAAGACUUAGUGACUUUCAUGGCUACACUCAGUAUCUUGCCUUAAAGGAUAUUUUUCAGGAUCUCAAUGUGGGCGUCAUUGAUGCCUGGGAUAUAACAAUGGCAUAUGGCACAAAUGAUGUCCAUCCACCACAGCAUGUAGUUGGAAAUCAAAUUAAUGUAUUCUUAAACUAUAUUUGCUAGGUAACACAUAGCUCUGAAAGUCAUUCAUUCAAGUAAAAAGAUACAAUGAAUCCCACUAGCAUACAAAGUGAGGGAUGGGUUGAGCUCUGAAGUCCCAGUUAGCUUGAAAAGAUAAUCUGUACUGUGGCCCGUAUGACCCACCAGCUCGGCCAAACAAGGUACUUAGAUGAAAGUCAAAAAAGUCAAUGAAAAGUCUUACCAUUUGUUUGUUGGUUUGUUGGUUGGUUUGUUUUGACAGGAUCUCAU